CGUGUACACAGUUUCCCCUUCCCGGACUCCAUCGGGUCCCAGGAGGGCCCCCGCGGGCCCGGCUAGCGCCCACCUAGGAGGGACCCCACCGGGCUCCCAUGAAUAGCGGGGCCCCCGGGAAGCUGGCCGUGGGGAAAGUGAAAUUCUUCUCACAGCACCGCGGGGAGGUUAACUCCUCUGCCUUCUCCCCCGACGGCCAGAGGCUGCUCACCGCCUCAGAAGAUGGCUGGGUGUAUGGCUGGGAGACCCAGAGCAUUCGGCUGCUGUGGAGGCUGGGCGGCCACACAGGCCCUGUGAAGUUCUGCCGCUUCUCUCCUGAUGGCCGCCUCUUUGCUAGCACCUCCUGUGACUGCACCAUCCGCCUAUGGGAUGCAGCGAGAGCCAAGUGUCUGCGGGUCCUGAAGGGUCACAAGAGGAGUGUGGAGACAGUCAGCUUCAGUCCUGACUCAAGGCGGCUUGCCUCGGGUGGCUGGGACAAGCAGGUGAUGCUCUGGGAGGUACAGUCGGGCCAGAUGCUGCGCCUCUUAGCCGGGCACCAGGACUCCGUGCAGAGCAGUGACUUCUCACCCAGCGCAGACCACCUAGCCACUGGCUCCUGGGACUCCACCUUGCGCAUCUGGGACCUGCGGGCGGGAACCCCAGCUAUUUUCUACCAGGAACUGGAGGGUCACCGAGGGAACAUCAGCUGCCUGUGCUACUCAGCAUCGGGCCUCCUGGCAUCUGGCUCCUGGGACAAGGCCGUCCACAUCUGGAAGCCCAUGACCAACAGCCUACUUGUCCAGCUCAAGGGCCACAUGAGCUGGGUGAAGAGCAUAGCCUUCUCUCCUGAUGAGCUGAGGCUGGCCAGCGCUGGCUACUCCCGCAUGGUCAAAGUCUGGGACUGCACCACAGGAAAGUGCCUGGACACCCUGAAGGGAGUUCUGGAGGUGGCCCACGCCUGCACCUUCACCCUGGAUGGGAAGCUCUUAGUUUCUGGAGCUGUUGACGAAGUCCACUGCUCAACAAAGCCAUGCAGGACCCCUUGACUGUUACCACCUCCCCCGAUGGCCUUCACACCUCCUGGCCUUCCUAGAGGUGCGCAGGCAAGCAGCGUGUUGCAUG